GGGGGGAGAGGAGAGAGAGUGGGAGGAGAGAGAGAGAGAGAAAGAAAACAACGAAGACGCAAUAUAAGCGCGGAUUCUACUUCUUAUUAAUAUUGAAAUCAGUAACAAUCAGCAGCACAAAUAUCAACAUAUCCUCGCUGGAAAUGGUGGACAAAGCGGGCACAAGAGUCUUCAAGAAGUCCAGCCCCAACUGCAAGCUGACCGUCUAUCUGGGGAAGAGAGACUUCGUGGAUCAUCUGGACCACGUCGACCCAGUCGAUGGAGUCGUGCUUGUGGAUCCAGACUACUUGAAAGACAGAAAAGUCUUCGUCACGCUCACCUGUGCGUUUCGGUACGGCCGGGAGGACCUGGAUGUUCUGGGACUCUCGUUCCGGAAGGAUCUCUACAUCUCCACAUUCCAGGCCUUCCCUCCGCUCCCCGAUGAGAAGAAACCACUGAGCCGCCUGCAAGAGAGACUGAUCAAGAAACUGGGAGAGCAGGCCUACCCCUUCUACUUCGUGAUUCCUCAGAACCUGCCCUGUUCCGUCACCUUACAGCCAGGACCAGAGGACACAGGCAAGGCCUGUGGAGUGGAUUUUGAGAUCCGGGCAUUUUGUGCCAAAGCCGUCGAUGAGAAGAUUCACAAAAGGAACUCGGUCCGGCUGGUGAUCCGGAAGGUCCAGUACGCCCCUGAGAAGCCCGGUCCGCAGCCCAUGAUGGAGACGACCCGCAGCUUCCUCAUGUCAGACCGAUCCCUGCACCUCGAGGCCUCGCUGGACAAAGAGCUGUAUUACCACGGAGAGCCGAUCAGCGUCAAUGUUCACGUCACGAACAACUCCACCAAAACAGUGAAGAAGGUGAAAAUCUCUGUUCGACAGUAUGCAGAUAUCUGUCUGUUCAAGCACUCUUUCUCAGUACAAGGUCCCUGUCUCCAACACAGUGCAGAUGACCAGCUCGCUCCCAGCUCCACCUUCUGCAAGGUGUACACCCUCACACCCACACUGAACAACAACCGCGAGAAGAGGGGACUGGCUCUCGACGGCAAGCUGAAGCAUGAGGACACCAACCUGGCCUCCAGCACCAAAGUGAAGGAAGUUGCUAACAAGGAGAUCCUGGGGAUCCUCGUCUCCUACCGGGUCAAAGUGAAGCUGGUGGUGUCACGCGGAGGGGAUGUGUCUGUCGAGCUCCCCUUCAUCCUCAUGCACCCCAAACCCUCCGACCAGCCGCCCUCCUGCCCCCCGUCAGCGGUUCCAGAGUCAGACGCUCCGAUCGACACGAACCUGAUAGAGUUCGAGACAAAUUUCUCUCCAGACGAUGACAUCGUGUUUGAGGAUUUUGCUCGGCUGCGACUCAAAGGAAUGAAGGAUGAUGACGACGACCACUUCUGCUGAGGCCCCGCCCCCUGAGGGUGUGGCUUCGGUGUGAGCAUUCCAAAAGGGCGGAGCCAUGCAACCACAGGCACCGCCCACAAGAGCCAACACCACCGGAGAAGAGACAGGACAAAAAAAGAAAUCAUCCUCAUCUUCUUCUCUACAUUUGUGCGUCCGGCGUAACUUUAUAGAAUGUUUAUAUAGACUAACAACGAGGGGAGGGGGGAGAGACAAUAUAGAAUAUUAUUACUGUAAUUAUAAUACAAAACCUGCCACACAAUCAGGGGGUAAACUUUCUACAGAACGAGAAAAUCACAUGGAGACAGGAGCUCAGAUCAUGUAUUAUUAUUAUUAUUAUUAUUUUUAUUAAUUCUAAUAGCGUUGUUGUUCUUGUUCGUUUUAAAGGGUCAAGACUAACCGUGGUAUUUUCUGCUCUAUUUAGGAAGGAAUGUCAUUUCUCUGUUUCUAUCGGUUUGCUGCUGUUUUUUGUGUCCUCCGGGGGGCGCUGGUGGUCACGUUCCAGAUGGAACAUCCGAACGUUUUGCAGUUUUUGAAUUCGCUGGCAAAUGAAAGCACACCACAUUAAAAAUAAACUAUAAUCUCUCUUGCUCCCCAAA